CGGCUGCUGGCGCGCCUCCUCCAGGGGGCCCGCUCCGCUCCGCUCUCGAGUCACUCCGGCAGUGUCCAACCGCAGAGCAAGCAGCCGCUGCUCCACCUCCUGCUCCACCUCCUCGUUGUCGCCCUCGGAGCAUCUCUCGCCGAGCGUGCGGUGCCGGCGGAGGCUCGUCCGUCGCAGGGCCGCGCCGAGCAUGGAGAGCAAGCGCUGCUUCGCCAACCGCUUCGACGACUACAAGGGCAGCCUGCUGGCCGGGCAGUGCAAGGAGGCGGUGACGCCCUUGGUGACGGCCACCAUCGACCGCAUCGUCAAGGAGGUGCCCGUGCUGGGCGGCGGCGAGGCGGCGAGCGGCCUGGGCUGCUGCCAGGGCGGGCUGUACGGCGGCGUGGCCGGCGUGGCCUACAUGCUGUACCACGUCGCGCAGUGCCCGCACUUCGCCCAGGCGCGGGACUCGUACCUGCGCGCCGCCAAGCAGCUGGUGGACGCCUGCGUGCGCUACGAGGAGGACUGGGGCGAGGGCGACGCCGACACGCGCGCCGCCUUCCUGCUGGGCGGCGCGGGCGUGUACGCGGUCGCCACGCUCGUCUACCACGCGCUCGGGCGGGCGGACUGGGCCAGGCUGCUGGGCAAGUUCCGCGAGCUGUGCGAGCUGUGCGUCCCCAUCACCUUCCUCGAGUGCGGCUCCGACGAGCUCUUCGUGGGCCGCGCCGGCUACCUGUGCGCCGCCUUGGUGCUGAAGCAGAAGCUGGGCUUGGAGGUGCUGACUCCAGCACAAAUCAAAUCAGUUUGUCAAGCGAUUUUAGAAUCUGGGAAACAGUAUGCCCUGAGGAAGAGGAAACCGGUCCCUCUCAUGUACUCUUACUAUGGAACAGAAUAUCUUGGAGCUGCCCAUGGGCUUUCAUCCAUCCUUCAGAUGCUGCUUUCCUACUAUGAAUAUCUCCCACCUGCUGAUCAGGAGCUAGUGUGGCAGAGCGUUGACUUCCUCAUGGAUCAAGAACAGAAUUGCAACUGGCCCCCAGAACUAGGAGAGAUGAUUGAGAGGGAGAAUGAGCUUGUACAUUGGUGUCAUGGAGCUCCCGGCAUUGCAUACAUGUUUGCAAAAGCAUACUUGGUUUCUAAGAAACCCCAGUAUCUAGAUAGUUGCAUCCGCUGUGGAGAGCUAACUUGGCAGAAGGGACUACUGAAGAAAGGACCUGGAAUUUGUCAUGGUGUGGCUGGAAGUGCGUAUGUGUUCCUGCUCCUUUAUAGGCUAACGGGAAAUUCCAAAUACAUGUACCGAGCACAAAGGUUUGCUGAGUUCUUGUUUACUGAAGAAUUUAAAGCUGGUUCCAGGGCAUUGGAAAAUGUUUACAGUCUGUUUGAAGGUUUCUCAGGGACAAUGUGUUUCCUGGUUGACUUGCUACAACCUAACCAGGCUGAGUUCCCCCUCUUCAGUGUCUUUGUGUGAAAUGGAACAUGCUCCAAUGCCAUGCCAGGACAGUUCAGUAUAAAGGAAGUCUAUAUCUAAAGAAAACAUCCAUUGCAGUGUUACCACUAAUGAGGUAGCCUUAUAUAUUCUUGGGGUGGGAGAGAGAGAAGCACGUGAAAGCCAUAUAUAUAUGCAGACACAUGCGUGCAGAUGUGCACGCAUGCACACCCACACGCACACAUAUAUGCUGAGGCUUAGGAAAAGGAGAGUGUAGCUUCAAACAGUAACUAACAGUUUUAAACAAAGCUCUGUAUUUAUUCAAAACUGAAAAGAAAAAAAGAAUUCAUAUGAGUGAAGAAAAAUUUACAUGUCUGUUUCAUAAUAAUAAGCAGCUUGUUGAAGUGGCAACAUGGAUAUUUGAAUUUUAGGAAUGUGCAAGUGGAGAACAAAAAAAUAACUGAAUUAAUACACCGUCCUGUACAUGUUUGUACCCUAGCUGGAGAAUGCUGAAAGUUGGACUUUUUCCUGUAUAAACAUGCAUAGGAUUGCCAUCACUAGCUAAAAAGCACAAUCACCCUGCUAAACUUUGGUGGGGAGGCAGGCAAUACAAAUUUGGAAUGUCAAAUUUGUAGGUAUUUAUUGUUCUAUAUUUAUUCUGUCUGUAUGUAUUGCUAUGCAUGCAUAUAUUUAACACUGACAGAAACAAAGCAUCCUGGUUCUCAAGGUGUGAGAUGGAGAUUAAUCAUCAUUAUUUCCUUGACUUCCCCAGAAAAGAUCCAAGCAAUUUACACAAAGCAAAAUAUCUUCCUUACCCCCUACUGAUAGUUCUGCUUGUCUUCAGGGCUCAAUAAGGCAGAGUUCUCAAACUUCUAAUAAUGGAUUGGCAAAUAUUAAAGUAUUUCCAGGUGCACAAUACACAGGAGUAAAUGCCAAAGAAUACCUGAGAAAUGUCACCAUGCUGGUUUGCCUUCUUUUGAAUCCUCCCCUGUAGGAAAUAUUUAACAUGACUGCAUGCUUCUUCAGAGGUAAGCCACUGAUUUCAGUGGAACUUGCUUCCUAAUAAGCACUUAUUGUAUUGCAGCCUUAAUUUUGGGGAACCUAGUAUAAUGAAAUAUGGGUACCAUUAUUUGAUUUGUGAUACAUAUCAUUCUCAACACUAUAACAUGUAAAGUACAAUGUAAACAAGAAGUGAGUUUGACCUGUGAACCAAGUGAAGAAUAAAGGCAUCUUCCUGAGCUCUUUAUAAAACUAAUCUUGCAAAGAAGAAUACAAAACACAUGCACACAAGAACCAGCUCAGUAAGUGGAGCAUUGGGAGUGUGGAAAAUCAGUUAUGUUUCCUGCAUUAUGUAAGAUAAUAAAAUAAGCAUCUCAACACAGUGACAGUGAUAAAAAGCUACUAUCAAUACAUAAUAUUUAUUGCAGUCUCUAACACAACAGUAAUGAUUUUAUUGCUAAAAUCAAAUGGUAAAGACCUGUAUAUACACUUUAAAAACAAGCACUGUCUUACUUUCUAAAAAGCCACCAAGGCUGUGCACAGUAGUAUAAAACAAUAAAGCUUAUUAAAUACAGGGAUCCUAAUAGCUAGCAGGAGAACUUGUGCUAAGAUAAAGGCCUUUUUCUGGUUAACAAGUUAAUGCUUUUCCUGUAAGCAACUCCAAGAACUGUAUAAUUAUUCUAACAAAGAUUUGUGGCCUCAUCUGGAAACUGCUUUAGCUUGACUGGAUCUUUUCCUUCCUUCUUCUCUCUUUCCUUCUACUUAAGUCAAUUUGUUAAAGCACACCACUCUGAUUUCAAAAUAGCCUUAGAGUGUUUUGAUGAUACGACAGUUGUGUAUGUCUCGUAAAAUGUAAAACAAACUGUAGUUACAGGUUUGUCAAAGCACUGUGGUUAUGAUCCUUCUCCGUUGCAAUAUCCAAACAUCAAGGACUCUUCACAGGGCUUAACAAAGUUUAUGUCUCAUCAUCCCCACUGAGCAGCUGUUAAGACAAUACAGUCCCUUUCAGUAUAAGUGCUGUGCCAGCACAAAAAAUAGCCAUACCCUUUGGGUGCAGUUCUGCUUCUGUCGAAGCCAAUAGCAAACUUAUGGAGCUGUAGUCUAAAGCAACUAAUUGCUUUUUCAUAUUACAUCAAGAAUGUAAGAGGAGCUAUACUAGAUCAAGCGAAGGACCCAUCUAGGCCAGUAUUCUGUUCACACAGUGACUGAGCAAAUGCCUGUGGGAAGUCCACAGCAGGGAAUGAAUGCACUAGCACCCUCCCACCCAUGCUCCAAAACCACUAGCAAACAGAAGCACAUCAGCUCUGCUGCUGGAGACAAUAUGCAGCCAUCAGGGCUCUCCCACACUGGAGACAUUAAAGAGAACUCCAUGUCCUUAUGGGCCCCUUCCAACACUACUAUUCUAAGAUUCUGUUAUCAGAACUAGCAGCUGUUGAUAAACUUAUCCUCCAUUAAUUUGUCUAAUUCCCCAUUUGAAGCCAUCCAAAUCAUUGGCCAUCACCACGUCUUGUGGCCACAUAUUCCAUAGUUUCACUAUGCACUGUCUGAAAAGCAGUUCCUUUUAUUUGGCCUGAAUCUCCCUCUGUUCAGCUUCAUUGGUUCUAUUAUCUUGAGAGAAAGAAAGAGAAAUGGCUCCCUAGCCAGUUCUCCCAAGCAUGCCUAAAUUUAUACACUUCUAUCAUGCCUCUGUUUAUUCGCCUUUUCCCUGUGUGAUGUGUUGUAAUAUUUCCUCAUAGCAGAGCUGUUGCAAGGUCAUUUUGGUGGCCCUUUUCUGCACCUUUUCCAAAUCCAUACUAUUCUUCAUCAGAACUAUACAGUGACCAGAAUUACAUAGUUUUCAAGUAUGGUCACAUAUUAGAUUCAUAUAAGAGUAUAAUGAUAUUGGCAGUUCUUUUUAUCCUAUUCUAUCCAUACGCAACAAGAAAUUUGCCUUGUCACAGUAAUUGAAUACUUAUAUAACAUUUUCAUUGAACUAAUUAGCACAACCCUAAAAUCUCUUUCUUAGUCAGUCAUCUGUGACUGGGACUCAUCAGUACAUUUGUGAAACGUGGAUUAUGUGCCACAACGUACCAUUUUAAUGCCCAUUAACCCAGUUUGGAGACAUCCAUGUACCUUUUUACAUCCCUCCUUUGCAACCCUACUCUCUGCUUUGUGUUGCUUAACUAGUUAACAGUUCAUAAGAGAAGGGUUUCCUUAUCCCAUGACUGCUAACUUUGCUCAAGAGUCUAUUGAGAGAUAUAUUUAAUGCCAUGUCCUCAUAACAUAUCAGAAAAUUACAUAUAAUGCAUAUACAUAAUGUACAUGCUCUGUAUAUAAUGCAUAUACUCUGUAAAUUUAAGAUGGUGAUAUGAGUUAAAUUGAAGGGUUCCAACAUAAUAAAGCCUCAUGCAGACAUGAGUUUCCAUUCUGCUCUCUAGGAGCUCCACACAUGUGAUAGGAAAUGGCCAUGAACACUUGGAAAUGUGUUCAUGUGGGCAGGUCCACUCUUGUGUGUUUUCUUUUGACUGAUCCUCUCUUUCCAUGCAAUCUUGCCCACAUAGUUAGAAUAUUUAGACAUGUUUGCAUACCCAAAGAAGCAAAGGCAAACUGCAAGAUGCACAGACAGUUGACUUUGCUGUCCUCUUAGGCUUUGGUGUAUAGCAGAGGCCAGUGUGAUCCAGUGUUUGGAAUAGUGAACAUGAAUGGAGGUCAUUUUUAGAAAGAUUCCAUUUUAUCCAUUAUUUCACUCUCUGACUUGAAGCAAAUGCAGUCCUUCACUUGAAGUUACCUAAUGUUACCUGAUAAUAACAAGAAUGGCCUACCUCACAGAGCUGUUAUGACAAGGCAGAGUAUUAUAAACCCUGGCUGUUCUGCAAGAUAGCUACCAUAAUCCUAUGCAUGUUUAUCUAGAAGUAAGCCUCACAGAGUUCCUUGGUACAUACCUCCAGGUAAAUAUAUACAGAAUCACAGCCUGAAUCAUGGCCUGUGUUAGUCUGUUGCUGCAAAAACAAGAAAGUGUUUUGUGACACUUAAAAAUUUGUCAAAUGUGUUAUGUCAUAAGCUUUUGUGAACUAGUCCAUAGAAGCUUAUGCCAUAAUUCUUAAAUGUCUGCAACAUUCUUUGUUGUUUUAGCUUAAAGUAUAGUAAUAGCACAUGGAGAAUUUAGGAUUUCAUGUUCCAUUAGCAAAUGCCAUUACUUUCACCUUCUGUAGAACUCCUUGCUCUGAAGACACUGGGCCUCAUGUGCAGGGAAAUACCUCCCUGUUUCAGUAGUCUUAAAUUUUUUCAAGGAACUCUAUUCUCUCUCAGUGAAAACAAAAAGAGCAAUUUUGCCAGCAGUUCUAAUAAAAGCAAACUCAGCACAUAAGAAGAGUCAUGCGAGAUCAAGCCCAGGGGUGAUCCAGUCCAGCAUUCUCUUCCUUUAGGGGCAACCAGCUGCCUACAUUAUCCCUUCAACAAGGUAUGAGUAAAACAGUCCCCUUCUGCCCAAGUUCCUCAUUGGCGGGUGUAUGCAGGCAUACCAGCUUUGUCACCAGAGGUAUCACACAGCCAUUAAGACUCAUGGCCAUUGACAGCCUCCUCCACCUCCACAAAUGUGUCCAGUCCCCUUUUAAAGCCUUAAUCGUAUCAUAAUAGAUAUGCACAUGCAACUACAUAUAUUCUUUAGCCCUUUGGGCAGAUGAUCUAGCUUUGACAAUUCAUGGUCUUCAUCCAACUUGUGAACAAAAAUACCCAACACAAAAGAGAAGCAUUAUUUCUUAAAAAUUCACCUUUACUUACAAAAGUAUGUGUAAAGGAGUAGCCCAAGUUUACACUAAUGGCUUUCUCAUUAUUGACAAAACACAGUAAAUGGUUUGAUAAUAUUUCCCAAUAGAAUAUUGGGAACAUUACAACAUUAUCCCAUGUUGUAAUAAAUCCAGUCAUAAAACACACUUCCUGGAGAGGCAGCCCUACUGGUUUCCAUUGAGGCACAUUACAUAUCCAAAUCAUUUAUCCGACUUGCAUUCUCCAUGUGGGAAGAAAUUCUUUUUAUCCCUUUCCUUCCAUCCUUGCAGAAUCUCCUAAAAUACUGCAGAUUUUGUUUUGUAGAUACAGCCACCCGGUGUCUUAAACAAUGUGGAAACUGGUUUUCCUUAUUGCAGAUUUGUUUGCAGAUUGUUUUUUCUUAUUGCAAACUGUGUUCUGAAAUAAUGCCAUGUCAAAGUAUUAAUAACAUGCAAAACCUACCUAAAUCUACAAAGGGGAAGCUCUUUUACAAUUGGGCUCUCCAACAUGGUAUAGUUGUAGCAUUUCCCCCUCUCUUCCAAAUUAAGGGUGCAACCCUAUACAUGUUAAGACCAAAGGGUUCUGCAGCUUUCAGCAUGUUCUAGCCAGCCAAGCUGUCUGACAAAUGCUGGAAGUUAUAAGAUGUCUUUCUAUCUUAAUAUGCACCUUGGAACAUUUUUUUUAAACUGGGAGGCCAGUUUUCUGUAAGAUGAACCAGUGCCAUCUUUUUUAGGUUCAAAGAGUGGCUUUGUGUUUUAGAGAUUGGAGUCUCACCCUGACUUGUAACUGGGUUUUUGAGCAAGUUACUUUUCAUUUAGUUUUGCCAGUUUGCUUUUUGGGAAAUUAAUGUUUUGUAACCAGACAUGCCUGCCAUGCAGCCAUUUUAUAAACGGGCAAGCCCCACCAAUGAAAAUGCUGUUGCAGCACCCACAUUUCUCAAAGCUUCAGACAUGUCCACUGGUCCCAAAUGAUGAAGAUCUCCAUCUUACAAAUUUAAGUGUGUGCGUGCUGAUUUGGAAUUCCUUCCAUGUUGAAUGCGACUGACUCCUAAGAAAGUGUAUAGCAUUGCAGCAGCCCAAUUUAAGUCCUUAAAUGUGAUAGGGUGCUUAUAUGUGUAAUUAAACAGAUAUUUCAGUAAUGCAUUUUUCCAGUUAUGCUUUCUUUAAAAAGUCUACUGUUAAUCUUUGCCAUGUAUUGUGUGCCUAUUUAUGAUGCAUAUGUCUUGUGUACUAGUGUAAUAGAUUUCAACCUAAGUGGGCUAUAAGCAUUACUAAGAUAUUUCAACCAAACAGAAUUGUAAAGAACAAAUAUCAAAGAACAGUCAUUAGGUUAUUGUUAUUAAUCUUUUUCUUAGAGCUGAGCUAUUGCUUUAGUAGUGGAUUUUAGUAGUACAUUUUAGCUUUUUCUAUAGCCUUGAACAAUGUUGCGAGUUUGGUCUUAGCCUUGUUUAUGUUCCCUGACCCUGGAAUGUCACAAGUAGUUUGUGGAAGCUGCAUAAACUUCUGAAACCCUUUGAGCUCCCCACAUUUUGAGCUUGUGCGAUGUAACUUGAAGAGCGGAAUUGUCCAUUCAUUUACAAGAAGUUAUUUCGGUAUUCCUAGUCUCUGUAUGAGCUCUUAUUUCUCUGCCUGGGCAAGUGAUCAUCUCCAUGCUGCACUGAAUUCAGAUUAUUCACUACAGCAUACAAUAGUGGUGAGAGACUUGGGAAAUCUGGGUUCUAGUCCCUAUUUGGCCAUGAAGCUCACUGGGCCAGCCACUGCCUCUCAGCCUAAGCUACCUCACAGGGUUGUUGUUGUGAGGAUAAAAUGGAGAGGAAGAGAAUUUUAUAAGCCACCUCGGCUUCCUUGCAAGAGGAAGAAAGUAGGCUUUAAUCAAUUAAUUAUUUAAUUAAUAAUAUUAAUUAAAAAGAAUCCACAGAACAUAUGUGCAGUUCAACAACACUGAACAUCUCUUGGGACAAUCACAAGUAGUCAAGUAAAUGAGGCCAAAAAUACAUGUUUUAAAAUAUAUAAUUGAAGAUGGAUGCAAGAUCAUUCUUAGGAAUCUUUUCAUACAUUUAACUGUCCUUUAUUAAAGGGAGUUUGCAGUAUUAUGCUUCACACAUACUGAAUUCAAGUAGCAGGCUUACCACAGUGUCUAUGACAGUGCAUGUAUUUCCCAGGUUCCUGACACAGAGGAAGGAAAAUACCAUAGUCACGAUCUGUUGGAAUCUCAACAUGAAUAUUUCUAUACAGGAACAAAUAAGGGUGUAUGAGGAGGCAUACCAUUUCCUGUGUUAGUCCACUAUCAGAAACCAUGAUACUGACCAGCUUUCACAGAUACAUGAUUGUGCAAGUAGGAAUGCAAGGGUGUAACAUACUUUAGGACAAUACAUUUAUAGUGCAGCCCUUUGCAUGUUUACUCAGAAGCGAAUUCCUCUGAGCUCAGUGAGAUGUAUUUCCAAGUAAGUGGCACAGAAUUGCUGCCUUACAGCACAAUCUUUGGCAGGUUUACUUAGAAGUAUAUCCCUCUAAGGUCAGUAUGCUUGGGACUGUAGCUUAAAAAGUAACAAGCCAAAUCCUAUACUAAGAGAAAAAUAUGCAUAAUGCGAAGCCAUUAGCUAGCAAUACUCAGGGCCCGUGACACAAUACACCAUUCAAGGGACGUGAGUUGGUAUAUUCCAACUAAGCACAGAUUUUGAUUCAUUACAUGACUAUUUAUACCCUGAAUACUGCAUUUAUGCGCUAAAUAGCCUUGACAAAUGUAAACAUUAAUCAUAAAAGACUGUCAUCAUCAUCACUGUAUAGAUGAAGAAUUUGCGUUCAUACUAAAUUUGCUAACAGUUGUAUCUACUGCUAUUAAUCUAUAUGUUUCUCUUAACUCUAUAGUUUCCUUAUGAUAAAAUGUUCUAUUCGUAUGACUGUUUACACACCAUAGACAAGAUGUAGCUACAUUAUUUCAAGACAACCUUUAUUACAUUUCUCAUUGUAGUAUGUCAGAGUGUAUUAUUUUAGCUGUCAUGUGCUUAAUCUUGUAAUAUUUUGUAAUAUUGUAAACAUACACACAUAACAACAGCUCUUUAGAUAAGAGUUGGUAGUUUCUGGGUCUAACAUAGGCCCUGUUUUUCACAUACCAAUUCUGAUAGAACUUGAUCAUCCAUUAGAUGCAACUACACUGAUGUAAUAUAAGAAAUCAUGUGAUAGAACUAAAACUCAUUUUGCAAGGCAAUGCGCUGCUUGCUAGUCAAACAUAUUUUAUAAAGCUGUAUUCCAAACAAUAUUAUCUAAUGCUGGACCAAAAAUAUUUUCUGUACUAUGACUAUAUAAUACAACAGAAAAUAUUUUUUCAAAUUCUUAAGUUUUAUGCAGAAGGAAACUAAUUUCAGACAAUAGGUUUCAUGUUUAAUCUUUCUUGUUAUGCUGGAUGAAAAGAAAGGAAUAUAGUAGUUCAAUUCCACAUUUGGGGCUGUUUCUGGUAGGGUCUGCUGCAAGAAGCUCCAGUGACUUUGCCUUCCUAUUAUCAACAAAUCACCAACCCAGCUUAGUGCUGAAUGAUGAAAGGCCAGAGACCACUUCCUUGAAUGCAAACACACACUGCUAUUCUUUGAUUUCUGAACACUCUGGAGAAUCAGAAUCGCAUGUUAUGCAUAGAAAUGUUGCUGUGGUCUGCAGUGGAUGUAGAAUCUUACCCCACAUCUCUCUGAAGACAGAAGAACUCUUACUGACAUUAGUCCAUAGGGUGUCAGAGCCCCAGUUUGAUAGCAGUAUACACAAGUUUUGCUUAGAGUAAUAUGUAUAUAAGAGUCAGCAAAGUACAGGAAGAACUAUUUUGUGUUGCUGUUGCAUACCCUCUGAUGGUAACCUCUGUUCAUUCGUUUUUGCAUUUGGUAUUCACAAAUAAGGAACUUUGGUAUCCUCAGCUUUGCUAUCUGCUCACUCCCAUCAAAUGGAUAGUCUCUUUAGAAUCAACAGAAUUUACUCUUACAGGAUUGCACCUUAAUUUAAAUUAAAAACCCUUGCCUCUAUAAUGUUUUAAGCACUGUGAUGUUUCCAAAUGUGAUUAUUGUACUAGUUUUGUAUUGUAAAUUAGAGACAUAUAAAAUAAGGAUUUUUUAAAGCUGUGAUCAAAAUACUAGCUUAGCAAUGACAGAAGAAUUUCCCUUCUAUCCAUGUUAUUUAUGUAAAACCAGUGUGGUAUCUUGCCUUAAUUCCAAUAAAGCAUAACUGUAUGUGC